AUGAACAGCCUGAAGAUCGCCUAUCUCGUCACGCGAUACUCCAUCUUCAUCCACUACAUAUUGACACUCGUCUCUACCAGCAUAGCCAAUAGCGCCUGCGCAGACGCGUUGCUCCACCUCCAAGUCUAUGCGUUCUCGGGACGUAGCCGCAUAAUAGGCACCUAUCUCCUGAUUCAAUAUAGCGUUGAGUGGGGGUUGAAGUUUGGCUAUUUCGCUCAAAACAUCAGGCGCGCCGUGUUCGUAAUCUCCGACCUUCCGGGGCUACAUUGCAUGGACAUCAAAAGCUUGGAGGUCGUAUCCUCGAUGCACAUCCUAUUCAUCAUUCCCAUUCCCGCCCUUGUCCUGCUCAUUGCCAUAACCUUUUACAUCUACAGAGAGAGAUUCAGGGGGCUGAGAAGCUCGUUGCUCGUGGUUUUCAUACGAAAUGGGAUGAUUUAUGUGCUCGUCAUACUUGUGCUCACCAUCGUGACGGUAAUCAUCAAUGAAACAAGUAACUCUGCAGAACAUACCGGCCCAAUGUCAGCAUUCCAAGGCGCUUUCCACCCCCUUCUUGCAUCCCGGAUGAUCCUCCACCUACGAGAAGAGGCUCACAAAGAAUCGACGGUGUUGGUCCAUGCCAACGGCCACGGACAAAACCGUGACCUUAAACGCGCUGUCGGGGUGGAUGACGGUGGUCCAGGCCACUCACUACCGCCAAUCCGGUUUGCCAACCAAGCCCUUCAAACACAAGGCAGUGCCUCGGCACUCUCGAGCUUCGGUGCCAGCUCGCAGCAUCAUGGUACUUCAAGCUUCAAGACGUAG